CUCCCCAGCACCCUUCUCCUUGCCACCACCCCCCCCAGCUCCUCUGACCCCUCCAGGUUCCCUCCAAGUUCCCUCUCCACCUGGCACUCGGCAUUUUCAGUGGGGGCCGAGGGAGACAAUGAGAGUCGGGGGCCGGUUUCAGCCAGCAGGAGGCAGACAGAAAAACUGGCAAAGAAGGGCACUCUCCCUGUGUGCAUGUCCAUGUGCAAAUCUCCCCUUUCUGAAAGAUCUCGGUUAUAUUGGCUGAGGGGCCCGCCCUACUCCAGAAUGACCUCAUCUGUUCAGAAGGCUUUUGAGCCCUACUUUGAGAUUUUGGAAGUCUAUUGCACAAAGGCCAAGAAUUAUGUAAACGGACAUUGCACCAAGUAUGAGCCCUGGCAGCUCAUUGCCUGGAGUGUCCUGUGCACCCUGCUCGUAGUCUGGGCCUACGAUUUUGUCUUCCAGCCAGAGAGUUUGUGGUCAAGGUUCAAAAAGAGAUGUUUUAAGCUCGUCAGGAAGAUGCCUAUUAUUGGUCGCAAGAUCCAAGAGAAGGUGAACAAGACCAAGGAUGAUAUAAGCAAGAACAUGUCAUUCCUGAAAGUGGACAAAGAGUAUGUAAGAGCUCUUCCCUCGCAAGGUCUGAGCGCGGCUGUAGUCCUGGAGAAGCUCAAGGAGUACAGCUCUAUGGACGUCUUCUGGCAGGAAGGGAAAGCCUCUGGAGCAGUGUACAGUGGGGCAGAGGAGCUCACCGAACUCCUGGUGAAGGCUUACGGAGAUUUUGCAUGGAGUAAUCCACUGCAUCCAGACAUCUUCCCGGGACUGCGCAAGAUCGAGGCCGAGAUUGUGAGGAUAGCUUGUUCCCUGUUCAAUGGGGGGCCGGAUUCCUGUGGCUGUGUGACCUCUGGGGGGACAGAAAGCAUACUGAUGGCCUGCAAAGCUUACAGGGACCUGGCCUUUGAGAACGGGAUCAAAACUCCAGAAAUUGUGGCCCCCCAAAGUGCCCAUGCCGCAUUUGACAAAGCAGCCAAUUAUUUUGGGAUGAAGAUUAUACGGGUUCCGCUGAACAAAAUGAUGGAGGUGGAUGUUCGGGCAAUGAGGAGAGCCAUCUCCAGGAACACGGCCAUGCUUGUCUGUUCUACACCCCAGUUUCCUCAUGGUGUCAUUGAUCCUGUCCCUGAAGUGGCCAAGCUGGCUGUCAGAUACAAAAUACCUCUUCAUGUAGACGCUUGUCUGGGGGGCUUCCUCAUCGUCUUCAUGGAGAAGGCAGGAUACCCGCUGGAGCAGCCUUUUGAUUUCCGGGUGAAAGGUGUGACCAGCAUUUCAGCGGAUACCCACAAGUAUGGCUACGCCCCCAAAGGCUCUUCUGUGCUGCUCUACAGUGACAAGAAGUAUAGGAGCCAUCAGUUCUUCGUGGCAACAGACUGGCAGGGCGGCAUCUACGCGUCCCCGACCAUCGCAGGCUCCCGACCCGGAGGCAUUAGCGCGGCCUGUUGGGCUGCCCUGAUGCACUUCGGUGAGAGCGGCUAUGUUGAGGCUACCAAACAGAUCAUCAAAACUACUCGCUUCCUCAAGUCAGAACUGGAAAACGUCAAAGGCAUCUUUGUUUUUGGGAAUCCCCAGUUGUCAGUCAUUGCUCUGGGCUCCCGAGAUUUUGACAUCUACCGGCUGUUCAACCUGAUGACUGCUAAGGGCUGGAACCUGAACCAGCUGCAGUUCCCGCCCAGUAUUCAUUUCUGCAUCACGCUAGUACACACCCGGAAGCGCGUAGCCGUACAGUUCCUAAGGGACAUCCGGGAGUCUGUCACUCAAAUCAUGAAGAAUCCUAAAGCAAAGACCACAGGAAUGGGUGCGAUCUACGGCAUGGCCCAGACGACCGUUGACAGGAACCUGGUCGCAGAAUUGUCCUCAGUCUUCUUGGACAGCCUUUUCAGCACUGACACUGUAACUCAGAGCAGCCAGAUGAAUGGUUCUCCGAAGCCGCGCUGAGCCUGGACCCUCUGGCCCCGAGGGGCUCCUGGCCUCCAGACGGUGCUCGGGGUGUGGAACGGGCCGUGCACAGGGUCAGCAUCUGGUCUUGCUCCGUGGAGCACGACGAGACAGACUGUGAGACAGCUUGAUCCUCGGGAUUCUUGUUCCUCCUCUCGUCCUCCUCCUCUGGUCUUUAUGUGGAGACCCUGAAGGAGUCUAUUACAUAAUUAUUUUGCCCUUGUUCUCAGAUGUUGCCCUAGGAAUUGUUUUAGCUAUUUCCCUCUCUAACCUUCUAGCUUUCAACCUCACUUAAUCAUUGUGCAGCGGCUCUGACCUGAGUCCUUACAGAGGCUGGGGUGGUUUACGUGAUGAAGAAGCUUCUCUGUUCUCUCAGGCAGACUGGCGAGGCAGAUCCGAAGAUGUUUUCCCGGGUGGGAGUUAGGUGCCCUCUAAGCGUGAGGCCUUCUCUGCCUCCUCUCUGGGUAGGGAGUUGUCUGUCUCGGAGAGUCACUGGUAGUGUGGCUCAGUUUCUUUUCCCAGGACGCAGAUGGAUAGGCCACAGCUUCUGUUUUGUGGGAUUAGAGUGGCCGAGCUUAUUUGCUCAGUCUGUCAAGGCAGGCUGUGGAGUGGCCCUCUGCUGUCCCCAUUUGAUACUUGGUGGCCCCAUCUGUGGAGAUUUGUGCUUGAAAUUGGGCUCCCAUUGGUUUGUUGUUGCUGCCCUGGAUUAGGAAGAGAUCGCGGUUUCCAGAGAGCCCAGGCCUUUUUGGCCCUGGUGCUGCCUGUCUGCACGGGCAGUGUUCAGAGUACACCUGGACCCUCUCCUGGGCUGCUAAGGAUCGGAAACCAGAGCCUUUUCUCAGGUUCUCUGUCACAUUCAAAUACAUGUCCCAGAGUUGGUGGUGGUCCUCCCCUCCCCCGCUGCUAUAAGCCCUCUCGUCUGCGAGUAUGUUUGCUUGAAGGAACAGCUCAGAGCACCUUCACAAGUUGCCUUGACCUACCCUAGAUGGGUAUAAGGGGGCAUGAGAGAGCCUCCAAGGCAAGGAAAUUUCUCCCCACUCAUGUAUCCCUCCUCCCUCUUUCUGUCUCUUUGGCUCCCCAGGUACUAUGGCAGUUUAGCCUCAGGUACUGGACACUUCUCAGCCCUGGCUAACUCUGGACUAGGGAAGCAUGAUGGCAACUGUCAGUUGGGGCUUGGGGCCUGGGAUUCCUUCCUAAGACUAGUUGCUCAGGGUGGUGCAGGGACAGAACCAAACCCUGCGCCCACUCCCUGCCCUCUUCACCCCUACACAGGGCCCUGACCUAGGUGGAGCCACAGUCUUCCUCUGAAGACGACCUACCGUGUGCCUUUUUCCUCAGCACUGAGUGGCGAGGGGCUACUCCUGACCCAGGCUGUAGGGUAAAUGGGUCAGUCUUCGAGCUUUUAUUUGGGUGGGGGAGGACUUUAGGAUAAAGUCAGGAGAAAAUGUCCUCUGUUCAUUCCCCUUCUCAGGGACCCCUGAACCAUUCAGCCUCUGCAGGCUGCUGUCCUCCAGCCGCCCUCACUGGGAAUGCUGGCCAGGAGAGCCAGGACGACCAGGCCUUCCCCAGGGCUCCAUAGCACAUGUGGCUGAAGUGGCCUUUGGCAUUGUGCUUCCGCCACAAUAACUGUGACUAGCUGGCUGUGUCAUUGCCGGGCUGGAGUGUGUGUGUUCCUCCUGUGCCUUGUGGGUUCCAGGAGUGGGGGUGGGUGGGGUGUGUGGGUGUGUGUGUGUGUGUGUGUGUGUCUGCGCAUGCUCAUUAGAGAGAGAUGCUAAGAUCUUUUGGACACGGUAGCCAAGUUCCUUCCCGUCGCUGAACUGAGGGGCACCUCCCGAGAGUUGCUGUGGCCAGAGCUGUGCACCAGUGCUCCUGGGUCUCUGGUGCAUUCACGGUGUCGGAGGAGGACCCGGGACCCAGAACCACCCUGGCACCACUCUGGUUUGUCGGCAGCGAAAAUCCUGUGUGGGAUAGAGCAAUGGGCGUGCUGUUGCUUCCGGUGUCUGCGGGCCCUUCCUCUGCUGUGACGGCACUGCUGCCCCAGAGGCAGUGGUGUUUUUUCAAAGGGACCUACAGUAGCCACUUUAUAUCACGAGCCUUAGUUUGACACUUGCGGGCUUUCCAUUCUAUGCAUACCUGCGCCCUAGAGCACCUAGUCUGGCAGAGGCAGGCAGAAUGUCUUCAGAUGUCAUGUUGCUAGCAGAUGUCUCAUUGGCCUCUGCAGAAAGGGUAGUGUCUGGGUUACACACAGAGGGAGCAGCCGCCAGACUAUAUACUGCCAUGUCACUUUUAAUACUACUGGUUUUAUACUUGCAAAAUGGUACUUGCCUCUUUUAAAUCUUUUCUGUAUUUAACCUCCUUCCCAGCUCAGUGCUCCCUUCCUGAUUGCAGCAAUAAUAUCUUAAAGAGCAAUUCAGUAAUUAAAUGACCGAAAUUGU